AUGCUCCCGGCUGGGUUUUUUCGGCGCCUGGCGCAGGUCAUAGGGCUGUACUUUGUGUACAAAUUGAUCCGCGGUGAGAUAUUCGUGUCGAAACCGCGAAUUAUCCUCACUCCCUCUCAUUUGCCCUUGCCUGUUGCCGAAAACGAGUGCUCUCCCCCUCCAUUUCUUCAUUAUGACAUGAACAGUACUCUGGCACAAAUCCAAAAUGGAACCUUCAACGAUCAUUUUUCCUAUUCAUCGCCUUGUUGGAAGCCGGAAUCAUGUGAUCGCUGGCAGCGAACUCUAGUUGUUAUUCCUUACAGAAAUCGAGAAGCAGCAUUAAAUGUCUCCGUUCCUCUUCUGCACUAUUUUCUUCAGAACCAACAGCGCGACUAUUGUAUUCUCCUUGUAGAACAGGUCGACCGCAAUUUCUUCAACAAAGCGCGUCUGAUGAACGCGGCGUAUCGCGAGUCCCAGACCUUGGGACAUGGAACCUUCAACUGUUUUAUUUAUCACGAUGUAGAUAUGAUUCCCGAAAACGGAGAGCUAGAAUAUGCCUGCGCCGAACAACCUAUUCAUCUUUCUCCAGCAGUGAAUACAUUUGGAUACCGCGACCAUUAUGGGACCUUGUUUGGCGGCGUUGUUGCUAUCACUGGAGAUCAGCUGAGAACUGCCAAUGGUUUUUCGAAUAGAUUCUGGGGCUGGGGAGGAGAGGAUAAUGAAAUCGAAAAGAGAAUUUUCAUGUCUGGUCUCGGCCGAAAAGCGCCCCCACAAUCCAUCGGUCGAUACUUUAUGCUUCCCCACGAGCACAGCUGGGAUUUCAAGCCGCACUCGUCGCUUGGAAUUUCAACCAGCGAUCCGGUCUUCCGCGAGAUUCGAAUCAAGUACAACUACUCAAGAUUAGACGAGCUCGGGGCAAAACCAACCGACUGGUCGCGCGAUGGCUUGAACAAUCUCAGAUACACUCGAACUGGAUUUUCGAAAAACGAAGAUAAGCAAUUCAUGAAGCUGGAUAUAGAUGUUUCUACCGUGAGGCUUUCUGAAAUUGCCAUAGAAAUUGACGGAGAAGAAAAGUACCAAAUUGGCUGGGAUUUUGAAAAAGACCGUUUGAAACCGCAAGAGCCCUGUUUUAUUGAAAAUUCUCCUUUGGAAGGAGCAAUGCCAGAAGAACAUCGAUCCUCGAACGAAACUGAUUUUUCAAAAGCAAUAGAAAAAUGCUCAAAAGAAGCGGGUUGCAGCUCAAUUCUUUUCUCAGAGAAAGAAAACCUCUACUUUUUAAACGAAGAGUCCGUUCUUCUCGGAAGCAGGCGGCUUCACGAGUCCUUUGGAAGUCUUGUUCAGAAAAACUAUCAACAGAACAAGAUCUGGCUGAAGAAAUGUCCCGGUCAUCUGGAGCGUCAGAACCAAAUUACGAAGCCGAUUUUGCUCAAAACAUCGAAUUUCACGAUGGUUUCGAUGAAUUUCAAUUUAACUUCUGAUUUGACAGUUGAAAACGAUAUUUACGUGUAUACAACGAUUCUCCCGUACACCGAAAACGAUCCGAAUAUUGACAGAGCGAAACAUCGUCUCCUCCGGAAUAGUAUUUGGUCGCGUAUUGAGCGAGUGACGCCUUCUGAUUUCGUCGACGGAAGAGCGGGAAUCUCGCUGAGCUUUCCUCUUCCGCCGCUGAUAGGCAGUUACCAAGCAAAAACUGUUGCCACAACAAAAGAUGCGAUGCCUGUAGGACUUUAUAGAUGGUCUUGGUUCCAAGACGUCAAAGAUACCGACUUGAGCGCAGAACUCGAAGUCACAAAUAGAAUUCUCAAUCGGCGACCUCCGUUUUCCCAGAACGAGAACUUUGCCAACUUCAACUUGCCAACCAAAUAG